AUGUACGUGGUUUGCCCUAGUGAUUGGCCUACGUCCACGGAGAAGUAUAUUCUCAUUAUGAUAAUGUGUGUUUACAUUGUACAAGGAGUUAGACCCAAAGAUAAGAGGAAGAAGGCCAAAGGUCGAAGGCCGAAAGUCAAGGAUCCAAGGACCAUCAAAUGGGCUCAUGGGUUGGCCCAUGAGGCCUAA